CAAGUCUACACCGGUUGCGAUGGCCGCGAACGGAGAGCAGGGUGGCAGGCGGGAGGAGGAAAGUCGAGAUGUCGACGGGGAGGCGGCGGCAACCGAGCAGACGCCGUUGCUACCAUCAUCAACCGCUACGGUUCAUGACGAUACGAGCCAGCCGCAACACGAAGUUCCUGCAGAGCGAUCGCUUCUGGCCUCGCUGCGAGGCGGCGCGAAGGGAACGAAGAGAAGAUGGCCCAGCAUACUCGCGCUUUCAGUGCUAUGCAUUCUGGUAGUCCUGAUCAUCGUCUUUGCCUUCCUGGCGCCGUCGACAGUCGAGCAAUAUGCGCAACAAGCCGUGGUCUUCGAACCUACGUCGUUAUCGAUAGAUUCAUUCACAUCUACAGGCAUAAAGGCGCGAGUACAGGGCGACUUCACGUUAGAUGCGAGAAGAGUACAGAAGAAGCCGGUGCGCGAUCUGGGCAAGUUUUUCACUUAUAUCGCGCGACAGGCUGAAAGCGGAGAAAGCGAGGUCGAGGUGUCGUUACCAGAGUAUGGGAACGUAGUGCUGGGAACUGCGCGUAUACCAGGCAUUAAGGUCGACUUACGAGCGGGUCACACGACUCACGUUGACUUCCUGAGCGAUCUGCAACCGGGCGAUGUCGAUGGUAUUAGGCGUAUCGCCAACGACUGGAUUGAGGGUCGCCUCGGCCAAUUGCGCGUGCUUGGCAAGGCGCGAGUACCGGUGAGGUCCGGGGUCAUCAGCCUUGGAAAGCAAGUCUUUCGGCACGAGAUGUUGUUUGCGAAUAAAGACAUCCCAAGUAUACCGGCCUACGACUUCAAGAAGCUGAACGUCCGAGAGAUCGACCUACCCAGAGGUGGCAAAGGCAUGGCAGCAGACGUGAGCCUGCUGGUGCAGAACGACUAUCCCAUUGACUUUACCGUGCCGCCAAUGGCCUUCAACAUCUUGGUCGACAACUGUCAGAAGACGGAUCCGUACAUUAAGCUUGCCAAUGCCGAAACGCACGAUAUCUACAUCCAUCCAAAGCAGAAGGUCGAACUGAAUGCAACCGGAAUCGUACAUCGUAUACCGGACUUGCUAACGCAGGACUGUCCGGAUUCUAACAAAAGCCCGUUGGACAUCCUCUUGGGCAAGUACCUGCAUGGCAAGCAGAACACAAUCUACGUUCAAGGAUCAGCAUCGCCGCAAUUGAACACACCACGCUGGGUCACAGAUCUAAUCUCCGACCUUACUGUGCCCGUGCCGCUCCCAGGCAAGACACUGGGUCACCUCAUCAAGAACUUUUCCCUCACAGACACCCACUUCAGCAUGCCGGAUCCGUUCGCCGAGCCUGACACACCCGAGGGCAACCCGACCCUAAGCGCCAACGUUCGUGCGCUUAUUGCGCUCCCGGGUGAAAUGAACUUCAACUUCUCCGUCUCCCGGGUCCGUGCAGAUGCUGAGAUCUUCUACAAGGGCAACAAGCUUGGCAAACUUGACCUCAGGCGCUGGCAACCUGCGAGCAGCCAGCGAGUUGGUACCUCUGGGCAUUCAGGGCCAACGCUUAUGGUCCGAAGCUCAGUCAAGGAUGCACCGCUCCACAUCACCAACGAGACCGUGCUGACGGAGGUGAUACAAGACUUGGUUUUUCGCCACAAGCCAGUUCUGAUGCAUAUACAAGCCGACGUUGAUGUAGAGAUGAAAACGGCACUGGGUGAGCUGACAGUCAGGAAGAUUCCUGCAGAGGGCCAGGUACCCAUCAAGCCCCUUUCACGAGGCACUAACGGCAACAAUGACACUACCGAUGGCUUACUACCUAAUCUGAACCCAAGGGUCUUCGAUCUAAAGAUUGUGGAGACCACUCCCACGGGAAUGACCAUAAGCGCCCUCGUCAACAUCACGAACCCAACCGACCAUUCUGCGACCGUGCCGUACAUGGACGUGCACUUCUCUGCGAACGGCUCCUUAUUAGGCCACUCCACCGUCCGCAACAUGACUAUCAAACCAGGCAACAACACCAACCUCCAAGUGAUGGCCGUCUACGACCCCCUGACAAUGGGUGGCACUAACGCCACAGCCGUAGGCCGAGAGCUCCUGAGCCGCUAUAUAUCCGGCUACAACAUUAGCAUAACAGUGCAAAUGCACAACGGAAGCAUACCAUCGUACCCAGCCUUGGGGCAAGCGCUAAGCCAAUUCCCCAUCGACGUUUCAGCCCCAAGGCUACACUCUCCAGCCGAUGAUAAAGCCGACAACGCACCGCACUUCAUCCGAGACGCGACUUUCCACCUUUUCAGUUCAACCGCAACAUUCACCCUGCUGUCCCCGUUCAGCGAGACCAUUAUGACCAUAACCUCCAUCGACGCCAACGCCUUCUACAAGGGCGACAACGUGGGUCACAUCGACUAUAACAUCCCGUUCGCCGUCCCGCCAGUGGACGCUGACGGGAACGGAAUCACUACGCCGCGGUUACCGGUGGACUGGAGUUUGGGUGGGGUGGGUUAUGAUGCCGUCAGAGGCGCUUUGGGCGGCCGUUUGAAGUUGAGCGCAUUUGCGAAUGUCGGGGUGAAGAUUGGGCAGUGGGAGGAGAGGAUGUGGUAUCAGGGAAGGAGUAUCGGGGCUAGUAUUAGGAUAUGACGUGGAUGUGGUGUGCUAUGUUGAUUCGUGACGAUUAUGGUAGGGCAUUGUACAUUUGUACGAACUCGGUGGGUUCUUGCAUAGGAACGUGUGCGCAGGUGGUGAUCUGAUUGAUACAGCGCCGCCGCCAGGUUGGGCAAGCGCUCGCGAUGUGUGAGAAAGCCAGUGAGCUUGAGCAUACCCACCGAGUAAGGCUGAACGGGCAACAGACGAAGUAAUUGUUUUAACUUUAACAGCUUGCUUGUCAUACAAGAAGUCGAAGUUUCCAUCUCUCUUCCCC